AUGGGAUGGCAUUGUCCCAAGGCCGUCCCAGGUCCUAAAGUCCCCGUUUUACGGCCAUCCUCCAAGGGUCGAAGAUUGAUACAUAGAAAGUACCGAAACUUGCACCGCUAA